GCUGCUGUAGGUUUGUUCUGCUUAAACUCCUGCCACCCAGCAACAGGUUAAUGCCUCUAAACGCCACCGGCCCUGGAUAGAACAUGACCCUGCACCAACUUCUGCUGACUGCCCUGGUAAGUAUCCCCUCUAUUUAUAGCAUGGCCUGGCUUGCUCUUCUGAAUCAACAAGGGGAGGGGUUUUCUGGUCAUACCCAUAUUUACAAGCCUGAGGAGGUGGCAGGGGGCACUAAUCUGCUGCCCGUCCCAGAGGCAAGGAGGCCCCAUCCCGCGGAGCCAAGACAAUGUCUAGGGAGACCUUUGCGUUCACUUCCUCCACCCUGCGCGCGCUGCGCCUGCAGAGAGAGCGGCUGGAGUGGGAGGAUCGCCGGAGGGCUCUCUCCAGGCAGUGCCUGACCAGGAGGUUCCCACCAGCCACCAGCAGCUCCCUGCUCCCCAAGCCCGCCCGGCGUCCCCGGUACUGCCGGGACCCUGCCGUCCACAACGUCCUGUACACCGGGGACCUGCAGACCAUCAAGAACAUCUUCAAAGACGAGGCCAUCGCGAACGUGAUCGUGGAGACGGUCAGCGAGGAGCUGAUGUGGUCGGCAGAGCUGGGGCUGUGGGUCCUGAGCCCUCAGAAGAAGCACACAUCCCCCUUGCGGAUCGCGGCGGCCCGAGGCUAUCGGGACUGCGUGAAGCACCUGAUUCUGCAGGGAGCAGAGGUCGACGCCGUGGUGGGCGGGAAGGCCGCCCUCCAUGACAGCUGCAUCCACCAGCGUGCCGAGUGCUCCCAGCUGCUCCUGAGCUACGGCGCCAACGCCAACGUGCUGUCAGAGGAGGGGCUGGCCCCACUGCAUCUCUGCACCUCCCCGGAGACCUUGCGGUGCGCCGAGCUGCUCCUGGAGCACGGGGCCCUGGUGAACCUGAGCACCAGGGACAGGCGGACGACCCCGCUGCAUGUGGCCGCCGAGCACGGCCUGGAGGCCCACCUGCAGCUCUACCUGUGCUACGGGGCCGCCCUCGCCCACCGGAACCGGGAAGGGGAGACGGCCCUCAACGCUGCCUGCGCCAGCGCCGACAAGCCCACCGAGGCCGAGCGCUACUACAGGGUGGCCAAGCGGCUGCUGGAGUGCGGGGCUGACGCCAGGACGGCCGGCAGGAAGAACCACACCCCGCUCCACAACGCCUGCGGCAACUGCCACCCCCGCCUGGUGGAACUGCUGCUCCGGCAUGGGGCUGCCGUGAACGUCAGCAACUGCGCCGGCUACACGCCCAUGGACUGCGCCCUGCAGGCGGUGGAGGAGUACCUGGACGGGCACCCCGAGAGCAUCAUCGCCACCUUACUGGACCACGGGGCGGCGGCCAUCAACCCCAAGAUGCUGAAGUUCUGCUCCUUGGCCCCUCGUGCCCUGGAAGUCGUGCUGAAUUCCUACGACCGGAUCCCGUCCUGCGAUUCCUGGGUGGAAGUGGUGCCUCCGGAGAUGUGGCAGGAGCACAAGACGUUUUACGACUCUGCUCUCCAGAUGACGAACCAGCCCCGUCAGCUGCAGCACCUGGCGCGCUGCGCCGUGCGAAAGCACCUGGGAGCGCGGUGCCAUUCCGCCGUCCCCGAACUCAAACUGCCCCCGGCUCUGCGGGAUUAUCUGCAGCUCCCUCUGGAGGGCUACAUCCGGUGAAAGAGAAGGUGCAUCCUUCAGGCGUGUCAUUUGGGGAAUGGCUUUGAAUUGCUGAUGGGUGACUGGAGAGAGCCAGUGGGCUUCAAUACAGCCUGAGAUCCCAACGCACCAGGGGCCGUAUUAUUCUGUCAGUUGACUCCUGCCGAGUAGUAGCCAUAUGGGCUAGUUAUAUCGAGUAAGUUGCCGCUCAGCGGGAAUGAGGUUGGCAGAAUCUAGCCCUUUCUGAAUCUACUUUGCUAACAGGGCUUGGCUUGGGCCAGCACCAGUUUCCACCCCGCUCUACUGCAUAGAAUACGAGGACAAAGGAUGGUCAAUGAAAUUCAAAAGCAGGACACUUAAAAGUGACACCGCAGAAUAUUCUUCCCCAUGCAGUACCUACUUAGUCAGGGGAACCCAUUGCCACAAGACCUCACUGAAGCCAAGAGGUGAGCAGGACUCCAAGGAAGGACUGGACAUUUAGCUGGAGAACCAGGAUCUGCUGAGUUAGAAUAGUAAAGCCUUCUACGAUACGAGAGUCUCUCUAUAUUUAAACGCUUUCUGCUUCAGGCCACGAGCCAAAUGCUGACUAAUGGGAUCAGGAAGAACGUCUCACUCUGAGGGGAGCAGGGAACAUUCUGGAGAAGGGGUCAAGGAUACCCCCAGUGGCCAAAAAUGGAAUAACCUCCCUAUGGGGGAAGUUUCCUCCUGACCCCUCCGUUAGCUUAUGCCUUGAAGCAGGAGCAUUUAAAAAAGAGCUAGCUCUUUUCAUCUGUAAAUCUCAAAGCAGUUACAACGGCAGGUCUGCUUCAUUACCCCCUUUACAGCUGGGGAAACUGAGGCACAGGGCAGUGGAAGUGACUUGCCCAAGGUCACCCAGCAGGCCAGUGGUAGAGCUGAGAAUAGCUCCCUGCUCGCCAGUCCACUGCUCGAGCCACUAGACCCCAUUGUAGCCCUUCCAAGGGAUUUUAAAAACAACCUUCUAAUGUAAUGACGGAUGUUCUCGUUAUCUGGAUAGGUCCAGUCUCUUUUACUUGAAUCCUGCUUAUGUAUUUUAAUCUCAUGAGCUCAAAAACUGCCUGCAGUUUGCAGUAAAAUAUUCUGUUCUGCUUUUGCACUUUAGGGGCAGCCUGUGCUAGUUGUUUCCCCAUGUAAAA